CAGCGAGGAGGUCCCUGCCGCGGCCGCCCAGGGGACGCCCCCGCCUUGCCUUGCCUCGCCUCCCUGGCGGAGAGAAAGGAUGAGAGAGCCCCGGAGUUGGCUGCCUGCUUGACCCCCUGACCGCCUGCGCUGGAUCUAUCUGCCUUGGCCGCGCUUCUACUCCUCCACAUCCGGCUGGAGAGCAGCGGAGAGAUUUUCCUCAAGUUAGAGAAGUUUGAAAGUGGAAUGAUGCUUGUCACUAGACUAUUUGAAGAUAAAUGAUGUAACAUUUGACUCAACACUUCUGGAGAAGAUGGCCUUUUAGAUAUUCAGGGAAGGACACAGAUCUCACCAUGGCAGCCCAGCGUAUUCGCUCUGCUAAUGCCAGUGGUCUCCCACGGUGCAAGUCUGAGGGGACACUGAUCGAUCUGACUGAAGACUUUCCAGAAACGAGCUUCAGUUCUGUCAAAGUGCCUUCUCCUAGUGCCUUGAUGGUAGACAAUCCUACAUCAUUUGGAAAUGCAAAGGAAGUUGUUGCGAUUAAAGACUAUUGCCCAAACAACUUCACCACCUUAAAGUUCUCCAAGGGGGACCACCUUUAUGUCUUAGAUACCUCAGGAGGUGAGUGGUGGUAUGCUCACAAUACCACAGAGAUGGGCUACAUCCCAGCUUCCUAUGUCCAGCCUAUCAAUUACCGAAACUCUUCACUGACGGACAGUGGAAUGAUAGACAAUCUGCUAGAAAGCUCUGAUGAAGGAGCCAAAGAACUUGAUCUCCUCGGAGACUGGACUGAAGCAAAGUGGAGCUUAGCCAAAAACAACCCUUUCUUGAAUAACCGGCAGACUAAUCCUUUUCUCAAUGGUAAUGUGCAGAAAAUUCUGGACAGAGAAAAAGAAUCGUCCCUUCAUGCCCCAGUGGAUUUGUUGCUCUUUGACACAGAGGUGCCUACAUUUACAGGGUCAAGCUCUGCAACAAAUAGUAGUGUUGGGAAUCAUCUUGAUGAGAUUCCAUUGAUGAAUGGAUUUCAGUUGGAUCAACCAAGCAGGCGGGACAAUCCUUUUUUCAGAAGCAAACGCUCUUACAGUUUAUCAGAGCUAUCGGUGCUUCAAGCGAAGUCAGAAAAUCCAAUGCCCUCAGGUUUAUUCUCUGGACUGAAGUCUCCUACCCCAGAACAGUUCCAAAGCAGAGAAGACUUCAGGACUGCAUGGCUGAAUCAUCGAAAGUUAGCAAGAUCAUGCCAUGACCUGGAUCUGCUGGGCCAGAAUCCUGGUUGGGGUCAGACACAACCUGUAGAAACCAACAUCGUUUGCAAGUUGGAUAGCUCUGGAGGUGCAGUUCAGCUUCCAGAUACAAAUAUAAACAUUCGUAUUCCAGAAGGCCAUGUGGCUGCUGGAGAGACACAACAGAUCUCUAUGAAAGCUCUGCUGGAUCCACCUUUGGAGCUCAACAGUGAUAGGUGCAGCACUAUAAGCCCUGUGCUAGAAAUUAAGCUGAGCAACAUGGAGAUUCGAACCUCCAUCCUGCUAGAAAUGAAGAUUUCAGCUGAAGUGAAGAAUGAUAUUGUUAGUAAGAGUUUAGUGGGGGUACAGUGUCUGCGAAGUGACAUGAAGGAAGGCCCGUAUACGCCAGUACAACUCAAACAGUGCUAUGGAGACACAAUCCAGGCCCAGUUGGAGAACCUAGAACCUUGCAUGUACAUUGCAGCUGUGGCCCAAGGACAGAAUAUUUUGUAUCCUUACACAGUUUGGGAUCAUAUCCUUAAAAAGAUCACUGUGGGUGUCUAUGGUCCAAAACAUAUCCAUCCUUCUUUUAAAACAGUGGUGGCUAUCUUCGGACAUGAUUGUGCUCCGAAGACUCUGCUAGUGAAUGAAGUUACACGCCAAGUGCACUGUGUUGCACCUGUGGCACUGCAGUUGUGGGGUAAACACCAGUUCACCUUAGGAAGGCCACAAGACCUAAAGCUUUGCAUGUUUUCAAAUAUGACCAAUUAUGAGGUGAGAGCCAGUGAGCAGGCAAAAAUAGUGAGAGGCUUUCAAAUGAAGCUGGGGAAAGUCAGCCGCCUCAUCUUCCCCAUCAUAUCGCAUGAUCCCAAUGAGCUGUCUGACUUCACACUGAGAAUACAGAUCAAGGAUGAUAAGGAUGCCAUCCUGACUCAGUUCUGUGUCCAAACACCCCAGCCUCCACCCAAAAGUGCUGUGAGGUCCACUGGACAGAGAAGGUUCCUGAAGAAAAAGGAAGUUGGCAAGAUCAUCUUGUCCCCUCUUGCAACUAUCAGCAAAUACCCAGUUUUCCAAGAUCGGAUGGUGGGGAGCUUAAAAUAUGGCAAACUGCUGAAAACAGUGGUGAGGCAAAACAAGAAUCAUUACCUCUUGGAGUAUAAGAAGGGAGAUGCCAUAGCCUUGCUAAGUGAGGAGAAAAUCAAGUUGAAAGGCCAGCUCUGGACAAAAGAGUGGUACAUUGGAUACUAUCAGGGUAAAAUUGGCCUGGUCCAUACCAAAAAUGUUUUAGUUGUUGGGAAAGUCAAGCCAAAUUAUUUCUCUGGACCUGAGCUUACCACUAGCAUGUUGCUGGAGCAAAUCCUGAGGCCUUGUAAAUUCCUCACCUAUAUAUAUGCGUCAGUAAGGACUUUGCUGAUGGAAAACAUUAACAGCUGGCGGGCAUUUGCAGAUGCCCUGGGGUAUGGCAACUUGCCACUUGCUUUCUUCUGCCGAGCAGAGUUGGACAGUGAACCGGAAUGUGUGGCUUCUGUGCUGGAGAAAUUGAAAGAAGACUGCAAUAAUUCGGACAAUAAAGAUAGGAAAUCUUUCCAGAAGGAACUGAUGUCAGCCUUACUGAAAAUGGACUGCCAGGGCUUGGUCAUCAGGCUCAUUCAGGAUUUUGUGCUUUUGACUACUGCUGUGGAGGUGGCCCAGCGCUGGAGAGAGCUUGCAGAGAAAUUGGCCAAGGUCUCCAAGCAACAGAUGGAUGCCUAUGAAGCUCCCCAUCGGGACAAGAAUGGAGCUGUAGAUAGCGAGGCCAUGUGGAAACCAGCAUAUGACUUCAUGCUAACAUGGAGCAAUCAGAUGGGAGACAGUUAUCGUGAUGUUACCCAAGAACUCCAUAUUGGUCUUGAUAAGAUGAAGAGUCCUAUCACAAAACGCUGGAAGCAUCUCACAGGAACCCUAAUUUUGGUGAAUUGCUUGGAUAUACUACGGGCCGCUGCCUUCAGUCCACGAGAAGAACAUGAUGAUUACGCCAUCUGAUUAUGGGGAUAACUUCCUCAGAACUCGUUCCUGUUUGUUUUUAUGCUUUUAAUUAAUUGUGGGAGAAAGGGAGAGCAGUUCUGGCAUGCCAAAGUUUUGAGCAAUGAUUCUUUGGGCCACGAGCGCAAACUCCUUAUGCUUGCCUCUCUUUUACACAGAUGACACCCGAGACAGUAUUCUGUGCACAGUGUGGUUGACAGCUUUUCUUAAUUUGUGACAUUUAAAGUUGAACUUUUUAAAGGCGACGUUGGACUGGAAAGAUGAAAUCACUUUAAGGGAAAAGUUCCUCUUUCGAUGUAACAUAACAAUUGUUUUUGUUCCUCUAAUCACUUUGAAUCAUCAGUAUGUAUUAAAAUGAAGCACAGUCUGA